AUGGCCGCCGCUGGGGCCUUCCUCCCGGCGGCAGGACUCAUGCUCCUCUUGAUGAGUUCGGUCUCAGUUGCGUCACGGUCGAGUGAGGGAGCAUGGUCUACGGUCAAGUCAAUUAACACUGGAAGAAAACUGGCCCAAGUGAUAAGCUCAUUUCCGACCGUGCCCAGCUGCGUUCACUCUGACCCCACCAACUACACAUACGUUGAUACGGACAUCAGUGGGCCAGCGGACAGUUGCUAUGACCAGGCCGGCUGCCUAGACUUCCUGGCGGAUAGCACAACUUGCAGGACAAUUAGCACAAGCACCGGCAGCUGGCUUUACUGCCAGUUUUGCAUUUUCUGGUCCGACGUGCGCAAUUGCCCCAAGGACGCUGUCGACACGAUCAGCCAUGUCUGCUCGGCCGACGAGUUCUGGACCCCCGGUGUCAUCACUAGCGCCGGGGCUGAACCCACCAUCGGAGCCACCAACAAGCUGAAUACCUGGGCCUCCUACUCUGAUGAUAAAUACUGCCAGUGGGUGCGGUGGAACAACAGCGCUGGCGCAUCGGCCUGGGCGGAUCUCGCAUUCACUGUCAAGGACGGGACCCAGGCCUGUCUGUCUACUGGCACCCCACCCCUCAACGUCGUUAUCAACGGUAUCGCCGCCAGCUGUCAAGGCCCGCGCACAGUCAACGGGGUGAGGGCUGGUUGUGGCCAGGGCGACCAGGCCAACGAGUGCCUGUGGACGUUCCGUGUGCCGCGACCUGGGACUCCAAGCUUCAAGUGCAGCAACGUCUCGCCACCGCCGUCGCCACCGCGGCCGCCCAGCCCGCCGCCGCCACCACCACCGGCGCCGCCGCCGCCGCCUCGCCCGCCUCCCCCGCGGCCGCCCCCCCUUCCACCUCUGCCGCCAGGUGCCGUGCUGCCGCCGCCACCGCCGCUGCAGCUUUCAAACGUCGGUGGCUACACUUGCGUUAGUACGGACGACGCCGAUGAUGCGAAUCACUGCCAAGGUGAUGCAUGUGGCAAGCUGUACGCCAAUAUGAUCAAGAAGGCCCUGGACCUAGCACCUGCGGACGCCAGCGGCAUCUUAGCCUUCGGCUCGUUCAGCAGCACCUCGAAUGCGAGGAAAUCGCUCGAGAGCUGGGUAACGAGCGCCGGCUAUUCGACCUCCAUCAUUACAUACGCCACAAGCUCCAGCACGUACAGCAGCUACAACCUAACGAGGUACAAGAUGAUCUACGUCCCCUCCGACAACGGCAACACGGACGGCGGCAUCACGUCGACGCAAAACCAAGCCCUCAUCGCCAUUCGGCCGAAAAUCGUCGACUUCGUUAACAAACGCGGUGGCUCGAUGGUGGUGCUGACUCAGUCUUCUUUUGGCACCUCGGCCUUUGGUUUCCUGCCCGUGUCCUUCACCUUCACCGCGCUUGACUUCGUCGAUGUUUCCAUUACCCGCGAGAUGCAGCUCUUCUCACCGGAAUCGAACAACAGUAACUUGGAUCACGUGUACUAUCACGGCUACUUCACCCGACCCAUUGACUGGAACGGAAUGCGAGUGAUGGCCUACCAGACCGGCUUUUGUCCCGUGACUUCGGGACCCAACCAGGACUGCCGUGCGACAGUUCUGUGCAACACCAAGACUAUCCUCACUGCUGAGAACUGCUACGAUAAAAUCGACAACGAUAAUGAUGGCCUGAUCGAUAAGCAAGAUCCCGAUUGCUGGCGCUGUGGCGACUUCGUUGUGGACCCCGGGGAGCAGUGCGAUGACGGCAACAUCCUGGACGGAGACGGCUGCUCCGCAACCUGCCAGUUCCAGGACUUCCCGCCACCGCCACCGGUCGUGUUUGCGCCGCCACCGCCGCCAACCAAUCAACCCGACGUUAACUACUGCUCAUAUGACGGCGUCACGGGCUGUGCUACCUGCCAGGGGAGCUGCGAAACGGAGGAUAAGUGGUGGUCGAACGGCCGCAUCUGCAAGCUGCCCCAAGCGUUGGGUGGCGCCAUGCCGGACGACUAUCUUUGCAGUAACGACUUUGGCGCUGUGGCGACGAAGGAGUUUGACUUCUACACCGUUGGCAGUGAUGGUUCCGUAACAAGUGUGGGCAUGGUGAACACGUUUCGCACGACACGGGGCGUCUUGCACGCCACGAUGCGUACCACCUGCCCCAACCUGCUCUUCACCAACACCAAUACAACUAACACAACGGAUAUCAACCACUUCCUGCUCAUCAGCGUUGCGUUCUCGGGCAACCUGACGACGGUGUCGUUGCCGAUGAAACGGAACAAGACUGGCAUUGUGCUGUACUCAUGCUACACCUUCACAUUCGAUCUGAACGAGGUCUUCCCGGACAUCGGAUGCAGGCAAAUCAAUCUGGACCUGCGAAUUACGGCCCGUACGUCGAUGGUGACGUACUCAACCACCAGCCAAACCUGCAUCACGCAGCCGGACAAGCACACCCAGACGGACAACAUCAUUGAAAAGUACAACUAUUACAACGCUACGCCCUCUGCGCCGCCACCGCCGUUGAUUCCGCCGUCGCCGCCGCCGCCGCCGCCGCCUCGGCCGCCCAGUCCGCCGCCGCCACCGCCUCCUAGCCCACCGCCCUCACCCAUGCCGCCGCCGCCUCCCUCUCCGCCCCCAAGCCCCCCGCCGCCGUCGCCGCCGCCACCCAGCCCCCCGCCACCCCCACCGCCAUCGCCGCCACCCCCCAGUCCUCUGCCGCCAUCACCGCCGCCACCCAGCCCGGAGCCGCCCAGCCCACCACCUCCGUCCCCGCCUUCUCCAGAGCCUCCUUCGCCAGCACCCCCAAGCAAAGCCUUGGGAGAUCGUCAAUCUUCCCUAAACAUGCUGAACAUUUCUUGCCCGCGCAGUUGCGACUGCUCCAAGCUGCCAGCCCUGGACGCAACUACGAAGACCUGCCCUGAUAACAAUAUUAUUUUGAGGUUCAGGUCUGGAACUAACCGCUAUGAUACAAGUGUUCCGGAGAUUCAGGUUUGCGUGCCCAGAUUCGGACAUGACAACGUGACGGAUAUCUACAAGUUUGCUUUCUGUUGGAGUACGAACUGUGAGGUGCUGAGCUCUCUGGCCGGCAAGCCGUUCAGGGUCUACUUCGACAACAUGGACCUGGCGCCAGCACUGCCGAGCAACCGCCUGGCGGAGACGCCUGUGGUGGUGACCCACCUAAAUCCCGAGUGCGCGAAGCCCACCACUAUCGUUGACCUGGUCAAUAAUGUGGGGACCUACAAGAUUGGAACCAACCAGCAGCUCUUGAGGAUCCCAGCGCCUGGUCUGGACAAUUUGGACAUGGACGUGGCCAUGGAGGCGGGUUGCAAUGACGACUGGAUUGUGUUCGCGGUGGUCCCCGUCCAUGAUGCCGGCGGCCUCACGCCACCCAUCCCGCCCGCGGCCUGCCCUUGCUGGGAUACCCCUGAAAAUAACACAUGCCAGGGCUACAAGGUGCCCAUCUAUCUGUCUACGUUGGACAUCUCAGAAGGUCAGUCUUACGCGCAGUGCAUCGACCCAGCCAACUACGACUCGCGAACCGGAAGGAUGGCGUACAGCUUCUGCUGGCGUUACGCCUGCCUGCCGCCCGUCUUCUCCACCACGCGCUUCACCGCCACCUGCCCGCACUUGGAGCGCUGGAACAUCGCCAAGAUGGGAGGUAACUUCUCCAUCGACUUCCAAGGACCCGAGGGCGUCAAUAUGGUGGCCAUUGGCCAUGCCAAGAACGGCACCAUUGGAAAUAUCACCUACACCAACAUCGACGACGGCUCAACCGUGCAGCUGCCUGAUGGCGGCUUUGGCAACAUGACCUUCACCUACACCAUCCCCCCCGGCUUUGAUGACUUGUCGGCGGCCGUCGUCAUGGAUGCAGUCGGUCCCCGGCCUCCGCCUCCACCGCGCCCGGCCAACACCCUCUGCCCUUGCCCCCUGCUACCGGAGAACACCACUGGCGGCUCAUUCGGGCUGUGCAACAGCACGUACGCCACUAUGGUUGCCACCUUGGCCAACACGACUGAAGACAACACCGAAUUUUAUCAAUGUGUACCCUGGCCGAACUAUGACAUUCUGAUGCGCGAGAUGGCCUGGAGCCACUGCUGGGUACGCGACUGCCUGCCGGAGAAGUUCCGAGGGAAGCCCUACAAUCUGUCGAUCAACCAGGUCACCAAGCACAACAUCGCGCUCAUACCGCCAGCUUCGUACGAGCUCAUCCUCUUCCCAGCACCGUUCGGCAUGCAGAUCUAUGUGACCCUCUACAUGACGAACGGCAGCGUCGCCACAUACAACUCGACCGUAGGCUCGCCAGUCAUUGGCGGUACCCUGCAAAGACUCUCCCUGUCACCGCUGUCCAACCUGACCAUCAUGUACUACAUCCCCGCCACCUUUGACGUGGAUGGACUGGCUGCCGCGACUAUUCUCCGAAUGAUCAAGGGCUCACAGGCCCCGAAUCCGCCGCUGCCGCCGUCGCCGCCACCUGCGCCGCCGGCACCACCUCCGGGACCUGCCAGUGUCCCACGGGUCCAGAUUACCACGGACUUCAUGAUCACCGCCAACAUUUCCCUCGCCUCGCUAACUGGUUCGGGUCUGGCGGACGCCGGGACGUACGUGACUGUUCCGAUCAAGUUCGCUGACUACAGUCUCUUGGCCGACUGUUCCGACGCGAGCAUCCUGGCGUACACACAGAAAGUCCAGAAGGCUCUAAACUUGAGCGACACAACGGGCAUUAACGUCAACUGCCGCUACGCGGCCGCGACCUACGGCGAGUCGUUGUUGCGGCGGCUGCGUCGCACACUCAUCAGCGCCUCCUCAUGGCUCUUGGACAAGGCUGGGCUACAGUCGGCAUCGGCGGAUGUGAAGCGCCGUUUCCUCCAAACUACGACCACUUCGGGCGCACCGGAACUGCUCAACGUCUUCCUCACUUAUCCAUCACCUCAAGGCACCUCUGCUACCACGCCAAGCUCUACAUGCACGACUCUUAACACAAUUGGCGGUACUUGCGACGCCUCGGGCGCCCAGACGGCUAUGCGCGUGCAGUAUACGACGGAGAAGGUGGCGAGCUCGGUGUCUAGCGAAAGCGGCGCUUGCGAGGCCGGGACUGCCGAAGGCCUCAACAAGCUGCUGAGCACCGGCCAAAUCUCCAUUUACGAUGUCAUGGCAAAGGGCUGCGUAGUCAAACAGCUUCCUUCUGCUCCGUCAGCUCAGUCAGUUCCGUCUACUCCGUCAGCUCAGUCAUCCAGUGACAAGGGCUUGUCCAAGGGCGCCAUUGCCGGUAUCGUCAUUGGCUCGGUCGGCGGUGCCGUGGUGUUGGCGGUUGUGGGUCUGACGAUCAAGAACAAGCUCGAUCAGUCACAGACGGUUAACGUGGGCAACGUGAGGGAGAGCGGCCAGGCGCCCAGCGGCCGUCGCUGGCGCACGUACAGCAUGCAGCAGCGCGCCGAGGAAGCGACGGCGGGCCGCAGACCGGUCGCCGGCGUAUCCGUGUAUACCUGA